AUGAAAGAUUCUGAUCGUCAUUUAUCUCAACGAAAUUUAGCAACCGAAUAUAAAAUAUCAACUGACGAUGUACGUAACAUUUUUAAACGUAAACAAGAAUAUUUGGAUGAUUUUGAAUUAAAUCAAUGUCAUGAAGAAGAAUACAAAGGCGAAAAACCAUCCAAAGUGAGAUUUAGAAUUUUAUUAUGCACCAGUUGGAGUGGUAAUAAAAAACCAAAUCAUUAA